UGAAUAUCCUAGCGAGGCACGGAGUACAAUCUUUUAUACCUCGAGGUGCGAGACACAAUAGCUGAAAAAGGGAAAGCGGGAGGCUGGUAGUAGUGGAACAGCUGACAAGGGGUGCCUUAGGCAUGGGACCAAAAUGACUUGGACCAACUGCAGCCCAAGGAGACUAAACCAGAAGACAGCCGAUCAAUCAAUUCAUUCAUUAAUCGUCGAACCCCCCAAUCAACACCAAAAAGAGGCUGGGAUACGUGUGUGGGUGUGUGUUUCUCAGCGAGGGGCCUUGUUCCUCCUCUUACAUUCACUUUCGCCCAAAUUUUUCUUCUUCUUUGGUCUCUCCCCACUUGGAUCUUGGAUCUGUUUCGUCUCUCUCCCUUACACCACACACACACACGCUCUCAAGUCUGUCAGCUUGGCCCCUUCCCUACUACGAUCGGUUCCUUACUCCCUGCAUCUGCUGUGUCCCUCUCCCGUUUACCCGCCAUCCAAUUUAGUCUCAUAAAAAGGAAAACCUUCCGACUUCCCACAUAAACGCACGCGCGCCGACACGUUCACAUAUGCAGUCUGCCUCUAGCGUUUCGUCUCGCUCCCAGCGCAGUCCGUCGGCCCAGCAUUUUUCCUCGGGCUCCGGAAGCAGUAUUGAAUCCGCCAUGACUUCACAGUCCUCCGCGCCACGCAGUUCGUCCAGCUCUGGGCGAUCACAAUCAAGAAGUUCCGUGGUAAGUUGUGC